AUGGCGGCUGCAACUGCGCCUCUCUACGAGUCGCUGUUCAACCAUCUGGUCCUCAACCCACGUCCUCCUGGUCACCAAGAUUCAAGAAUCGACAUCAUCGAGCGCGCGAUCAUUGAACGUGUUCGCGAUGCUACCAACAAGCUAUGCAGUCUUCCAGAUAAUGCUCACUUCGACGCGUUGCAGUCCCUGCGCCGAUCUCUCGAUACGUGCACGCGCGUUAACGCUGGUGGAAGAUUGACUCGAGCUGCACUGCUGAGAGCUUUCCAAGAAUUGGAUGGUAAAGAUAUGAUCAUCAUUCAUGUUGGACAACAGAAUGCUGGCUUAUUGGUUCGUAGAGAUCUCCAAAACCAGAAAAAUGUCAUCUUCGAAGCAUUCGAAGCAUCUCCACUUUCUGAAGAAGUUCUUGCCACCAAAUCUGCACUUCAAUGGGACUUCCCAGGCUCAGCAGUUGCAUUGUCGUUCUCCGAUUUCCAAAACCCUAACUUCCAAGAAGAACUUGCGACUUUCUUUGAGAAGGCUAGCACGGAGUCGAUCAAGCGGUUCGCUGCUCGCACGAAUAAGGCUGGGUCAUUUGCAUUUGAAAGUCGCGAUACGGUCGAUCCAGCACUUAUUACUCAGAUGCUCAUGACAUUACUUGAGACCAUGGGCACACGAGUGUAUCCACCUAUUCUCCGCAAGCGUGUUAGAGACGAUGUCUCCUGGAGCGAAGGUGGACAACUACCGUGGCGACGAUGUCCAUUCUGGUUGGUACUUCGCGUCGCUGUCGAGAGACAUCUUAGCCUCACCUUGGGUGGGGAGGUUGGACGAUUGCAUUACAAGUUCCUCAUCAUUCUGGUACUAUCUCGACUGCUAGAUGAGUCGCUUCUUCAGAUUGGGCAUGACCAUUCCACCCUUCUGAAGACCAAAGUGUGUCGUCGCCUCGUGAAAAUCGGAACCGACAAGGAAAAUGCCAAACCCAUCUUCCAAGCUGAGUACGAGAGAUUGUUCAAGGCUCUGAUGAUGGAUCUUGCCAAGUCAACAACAUUUGCUGAAAACCAAAUCAAAUUGCAGUGGGACAGCUUCAAGAAACGCAUUCAACGACCAAUUCAAACUCUACCAAAAUAUGCAGACGAGCGACAUUUAGUCCUGACCCUCCCCAACAGCGGAGUGUAUCUAAAUCAGAUUGCGCUGGAACGCCCAAGUUUUCCUUCUCAGCCACACUCGAUUUACACUCUUCCAAUGGACUUUAAAAAGAUGCGAGCAGCCACUAAAGCUGGUACUGCAUUCGCAGAACAAUACUUUCGAUUGUCCCAGCUUGAAGCAGACCUCCAAACCAAGAAUUCAAUUCAGCUGUCGAAUUCGAAUAAUGAUGAGGCAUGCUUGGAGUCGUCCAGGGCGAUUGCGAAAUAUCUCCACCAGGUCGCCGAUGCAUACAAGCACAAUCCAGAACAAAUGAGCAUGAUGAUACUCAAUGUCAUGGAAACGUGGAUGCGAAUGGACCAAGCGGCCGUGAAAUCUUUCCCAUUGCUGAAAGACUUCAACCCUGGCUUUCCAUCAGACAUUCUCGAUGUGUUGCAAUUGACCAAGUGCCAGGACAUCACCCGUCUCUUUACCAUCCGCACAUAUCUGAGGGAGCGACACGCUCUCAGUAAUGGUUCCAAAACAACUAUUUUUGUCGACCCAGCAAAAGGCUGCUUCGCAGAACGCUAUUAUAAUGAGUCCGACACCGGUCGUCUUCAGAGCCUUCACGCUGAUAUCGACAUUGAUGCCGAGGACAAGCGUCAAAACAAGGAGGAACAAUGGCGCCAGAAGACGGCUGAAUUCAACCUGCUCGUUCAACGGGCUUCAGAGGCCUCAUGCGUGUAUGAUACUGACGAAUAUGGCGUGAGGACUCACAGACGCGAUUGCAGAAAGUGCAUUCUUGAACGCAAAGUCGCUCGCUUCAAUAUGUUAGCGCAUGAACAUCCGUUGCCUGCCGAUGUUGUUCAAGCCAAGGUUGUUGUUUUCGAGCUUUUGUGUCCAGGAGCACUCGCUACGUAUCGAGAUACAACCUGGCGGAUCCUCAGCACUCUGGCAUUGCUAUCAGAACCUGCAACUCAAGAGCCACGAGUUCUCCUCCGGGACUACUCUGAACUCGUUCCGUACAAUAAGUAUAUGUCAUCAAACUUCACGCUUGCUUCGACGACAAAGUCUUUCCUGACUACACAUUACGCACAUCCUACAUUCCCAGUUGGCUUAGAAGACAUAUGUCUCCCGAAUGGGUUGAAAUUAGGAUAUUGGGAUGUCCAUUGGAAAUUCUGGCCUGGGCGCGUCUCACAACGUCCGAGAUUUGCGAAUCACUGCCAGUUGACUUUACCAUCAAACUCGCCUUUUGCUGCUCUGAAUUCAUCACCUGUCUUCGCUGCCGAUGCUAAGGGUCCGACUACAUACGAAGUCACCGCGGGCCAAAGCAAAUGCCCACCUGGCCUCAAUGUGCACGAGUAUUUGUCAUUUCAAUCUCUUUUCUCAGGAAAGAGUCGACGCUGGCUCCAAGUCCUCGUCGAGCUGGGAUCUACAAACAUAAACUUUAGCACUGAGGCUAGUGCUGCUCUGAUCAAUUUCUUGACCUUGCAAGCUGGACCAGCAAGUGCAGAUAAUCCACUCGGUACCGUCCACAGCGUUGCAUCAGAUGAAGACUUCUGCACAAGGCUGUUGGAACAACUCGACCAUCGCCUGGAUGGAAUUUCCUUCAACUGGCGAGAAACUAACUCUAUGGAGAUGCUAAUCACUAUCGGACAGUGGUUGUUUGAGUUCAGUGCGGACUUUCGUGGAGGCGCAGCAGACCUACUACUAAAAGCAAGAGAGAUCACAUCAAGUUGGACUCGCGCGUUGCGCGCAGAUCUUUGGAACGCCAAAGAUGCAGCUACUUUAAGGAGCUGCUCGCGAUAUUUGUUCUGGGCUGCUUUACUCUGCAGGCGCACAUUCAGCGUUCAUGAGGACAACCGAAUUCUUCUCAGCUCCGAAGGACUUACAAGCUACAUUCAUGCGUCUAUCACCCUGCAAGACAAUCUGGUUGCUGACCCUGCGUCUUUACCCACCGUUCUGAAGAAUGCUCUAAUGCGCGACUUCAAGAUGGCACACCGAUUACGCAACAUCCUGAAAUCAGCUCUUCUGGCUGACCAGGCAUGCUUGCCUGCAGCGAUCACCUCAAUUUGGCCAGACAUGCAAGGAGAGCAAAAGAGACGAUUCUCGAACGCCGACUUCAUGCCCGAACAAAAUCAAUGGUGGGUUCAAUUAAUAGUCGGCGCUACCUCUUUUAGUGCUCAACAGACCGUUCACUUUCAUCUCCUUGAGGGGCAUUUGUUGGUUGACCACUGCCCAAUUGGAAAGUUGCCCCCGGAAUGGAGACAAGAAUUGGUGUUGCAGCAGCUAUUUGGCACGGAGAGCUUGCAGACAUAUCCAUCUUCGAUGCCGGGCAUGACCUACAUGCUAGCCAGAAUCAUGAACAAUCACCAGAUCCAUCUGGGUUUUCGAAAUGGGCAAAUGGUUGUUCGAGCCGUUUAUGAGCAAAGAGUCCUUGAACUUGUCCCUCCUCAUGUGUUUGGUACAGCUACUCGCUUCGAUCUCCCAUCUUCUCUCUUAGAGCAAUGUGUCCAUUGGCUGGAUGUCACGAGUGGCAUCAUCGAGAUUCGUCCUAGCGCACAUAUGUGGAAAUCCAAGGAGAUUAAUUGGCAGGUCAACAUCAGAACACGAGUUGCACAACGUCGCAAUGCCGGUCGAGUCUCAAGAUUGGUAGAUCCACACUCCCCGUUGUUUUAUCGUGUGGCGCAGACAUUUGAUUUCUUCGAAGAGCGUCGACACUUGACUGUUUUCCAACCAGAGCAAGGCAGGCUCACUGUUGAGCUGCGUCGCUUAGCUCUUUCAUUCUCUGUGAACAGCCGGAAUCUGCUGGAAUCUCCACAAUUGAAGGCAGAGGUAGAUCUCAAUCAAGAUGCGGGCACAUGGUACGGCCUUGAUUCGAAGCUUGUGUUAAGGGAGGUAGUGAUCAACCAUGAUCCUAUCACUCGAUACAUUACUUCGACCCCUCAACGGCAACGGAUUAUUCUUGUGCCUAUGGGUCAGAUGAUGUAUACACGCAAUGGCCAACAUGUUAAAGUCCGCGUUGAGAACAACGCAGAUUAUGCGAGAUACAUCAUUAACGAUGUUCUCAAGAGACUAGAAUGUCCUGCGGAGCCUAGAUUGCUUUACCUGAAGGCACAACUCCACGCUUACACCUCUUCCUUCAUGCCAGAUCCCCUUACUGGUCGAACUGGGACCGAAGAGGCGAUGCAUUGUUUGAGAUCCGGGUAUUGUCAACCUUGGUCUCCUAUCACCGUCGGUCCUCACCGUGCUUUGAUCUACAUUGCACACCUCACCCCCCGAAGAGAAUAUUAUCCGAAGGAGCUGAAAGUGAUGCAGACGACCUCCUGGGAUGCCCAACUGACGACUGGAAUCCAGCAUGAUGGAUUCAGAACUAUCAUCAACGAAAUCUUGGCUAAGUCGGAUGAGCUGUCUACAUUCUCUUCUGAAAAGAUUGAACUGCAAGCUCUUGAGCCAAAAGGAGAUCAACAUCUAACUUUGCGUGGUCUGGCUCGUCGACAAUUGUAUCAACGAUCGGACUACUGGAUUGAGCCGGUGUCAAUUCAGGACCAGAAGUACCAAUCGAGAGAUCGUUGGAGACCAAGCCAUAGCAGAGCUAACGUGUCCGAGUGUGUCAAUUUGUUGUGCACGUGGCCUGCUUCGUUCCCAACCACCAGUGACCUUGCAGGACUAUUGCAAGGUUGGACCAUAAUUGGAGGUCAUACUGGUCGCUUUGAGAAAAUCCUCUUGAGUGAUGUCCUCAACGUAGAGCUCGGCGCUGAAUGGGGCUCUUUGGUAAAUCUCUGCCGGGAUUCAAGCACUUCAGAAAUGUACAAACUCAUGUUUCUGUUUGCUUGCAUGGCUUUCCGGCAUGAUGCGAACAUGGAUGCCUUGAAAGUGCUAAUAGCCUUCGUGGUAUUCUCCGAGUUGAAAGUCCUUGCCCCUCCCAAAUGGCCUGUGUACACGCAGUUCCGACAGAACCAAGUCCCUCGCGUGGAUUAUCUUGUCCAACUGAUGAAGCCUCAUCUCGUUCCCUACCCUGGCGAUGAGCGAUCUACAUUCCAGCUGAUUCUCAGCCACAAGCAGAGGAAGAAAUUCGAAGCCCUCGAAUUGGCACAUGAGAAAAAGCGUGAGAGCGAUGCCAAAUCUAUUGCAGAGUUGCUUCUCAAGCAAUGGCCUUGUGCUGAGCCUCAGUUCAAGGGAUUCUCUGAACCGGUCUUGGUCGAUGUCGAGCAGGCCCUGGUCACGAUUCGUCCUGAAUGGCUGCGACUAUUCCAGAAUUUGGAGCUUUCAGACUUCAUCUCCUGGGUUCAACGCAUCUUGAACAUGCAUCGCACACAGCUAGCGCAUAGUUAUCCCCUACCGGUCGAUGAUAACAUUGACGCACCCGUAUUUCCGGUGCAAACUCACAAGACCGAGUUUCCCUCGCUUCAAAAUCUGUUGUGUCAAUCUACGAUUCGUUCUCGACAUGGAGCAGACUUCUCCGGGCCUCGUGGAAAACAAAACCUUUUUGCUAGCUCUCGUCCCUUGCAAGAGCUUCGCCACCAUAAUGCAGGACCAGCCAAGACAAGCGACAAGUCAGCAAUGUUACAGGUAUCGAAGAACCAGCCGUACAAGGAGUCGCAAGAAUUGUCGGACCUUGAUCGCAUUAUUACUCUAGCAAGUCGAUCUAGAUCCAUGGUUGAGCAGCAAUAUGCAAAUGAUCUCAGCGAGAGUCUCAAGGCUUUGCGGGCAAUGUAUCAGCUCCACCCACCUCAACAGCAACAUCUCACGCCUGCAUCGAACUUGCAGCAACAAAUGGCACAGGCAGUCCAGCAUAUACAAACACAUCUGGGUGAUUUACAGCAGUCUUUUGAACAAGGAUACCCUGCUCAAUGGCUUCAGCUAGGUGGACUCUGGCCAGUAACAGCUCCGUCAGCACUCCUCGAGUCCUUGCGUUCAACUGCUACAGUUGCAUUUGGUAGUGGUAUGAGGGAGACAAUUAUCCAGUACGCCCUCGCAAUUACCUCUGUCCAACGAUUGAGACGCAUAGACGAGGCGUAUCAGAAGUCGAAUAACCAGAGAAUGUCUGAAGAACAGCAAAAUGUCGGUCACGACAAUUGGAACCCGUCAGACCGCCCGGACUGGCUGCUUCUAGAGAUUGAUGCCAAUAUCCUCAUUCGGGCCGGACAAGUAGAUGUUGCUAUGGCUACUAUAUCGCCGAAUUCGAGAUCAAAUUCGGUGCUACAGAUGAAUAUGGGCCAAGGCAAAACGUCCUGCAUCAUACCUAUGGCUGCAGCUGUCUUGGCUGAUGGCACAAAUCUUCACAGAAUUGUGGUGCCGAAGCCAUUGCUUCUUCAGACUGGUCAAUCAAUGCAUGCUCGCCUUGGCGGAUUGCUUGGUAGGGAACUUCGACAUGUUCCUUUCUCGCGCAAAACCCCGACGAAAUCAUCGACUAUCGAGUUGUUUUUGAAGCUAAACAAAGACAUGCAAAAGUCCAGAGGCAUUAUGCUCACUCUACCUGAACACAUUCUCUCGUUUAUGUUGUCAGGCUUGCAGCGACUAUCAGACGGUCGAACUCUCGAAGCAUCGUCCAUGAUCAAAGUGCAGAACUGGUUGUCUCAACGAUGUCGUGACGUGCUUGAUGAGUGUGACAACAUUCUGGCGCUCCGAACCCAGUUGAUCUAUCCAUCUGGCUCACAAAAGACCGUCGACGGACAUCCUCAUCGUUGGGAGGUUGCCGAAGCACUUCUAAGUCAAGUGAAUGGGCAUUUGCACAACCUCCAGCGUGCAUACCCCCGCAGCAUUGAGGUAAUUCCCCGAGGACAAGGUGGCUUCCCGGUCUUGUUCUUUCUGCGGAAGGAUGUCGAGGAUGAGUUGAUAUAUCGUCUAGUAGACGAUGUUUAUCACGGUCGAACUACCAUAUUACCUGUUGAAUGUACCAAGCAGGACCGAGCUUCCAUCAAAGCGUUCAUUUCCCAAGCCAAAGUCGAGCCCGAAGUUUUGCAGUCGAUCAGUGCGAUGUUCCCAGAGAAACCAGCAUUUCGACGAGUUGUUUACCUUCUGCGGGGCCUGUUGGUCCAUAGGAUUCUCCUAAUGUCUCUGAAGAAGCGCUGGAACGUUCAGUAUGGAUUACACCCAAAUCGUGACCCUAUUGCAGUUCCAUACCACGCAAAAGGAACGCCAAGUGAUCAGGCAGAGUGGGGUCAUCCUGAUGUCGCAAUCCUAUUUACGUGUCUGGCAUUCUAUUACGAUGGCUUGAACCUGUCCCAUCUCCGCCAAGCACUUGAGCAUGUUCUCAAAUCUGACGACCCGUCCCAGGUUUACGACCGCUUCGUGUAUGCUUCAAAACUUCCCGACUCGCUCAGAGAAUGGAGUGCGAUUAAUGUCGACGACGAUGCCCAGCUGAAGGAAGUAUGGCAACAUCUCCGAUACAAUGUUGUUGUUGUUGACUAUUUUCUUAACAACUUUGUCUUCCCGAAGCAUGCCAAACAGUUCCAGGUCAAGCUUCAAGCUUCUGGUUGGGACAUUCCUUUGUUCCAAGCUCAGGGAGGACACGGCGCAUCGUCAAGCAGUAGACAGCCGUUGACUACUGGAUUCAGUGGCACCAAUGAUUGGAAGAGAAUGCUUCCUCUGACAAUCAAUCAACACGAUCUGGAUGGUCUUUCUCAUACAAAUGCCGAGGUCCUGACUUAUCUUCUGCACCCCAGGAAUCGAAAAUACAUCUUGGCGGCAAAUUCUCAAGGUCGGCAUGUCUCCGAGCAGCUACUUCUUCACAUGAUUACGAAGGAGAGAAUUCGAGUUCUUAUUGACGCUGGAGCUCAGAUCUUAGAGAUGGACAACUUGAGUUUAGUGAAGGCUUGGCUUGAUAUCUACGAAGAUGCACCAGCUGCAGUCUUCUUUGAUAAAGGUAACAAGCCCAUCGUUCUCUACCGGCAAGGACAUCAAGUCCCACUCUUGGCCACUCCUUUUGCCGAUGAUUUGAGUAGUGUACUGGUGUAUCUAGAUGAAGCGCAUACAAGAGGCACCGAUUUGAAGAUGCCAAGUGAUGCUCGAGGUGCAUUAACUUUGGGUCUCGGACAGACGAAAGACGCCACUGUACAAGCUGCGAUGAGACUUCGCCAACUCGGAACAACCCAGUCAAUCACAUUCUUUGCGCCUCCUGAAGUUCACCACAGUAUUCUCGAUCUGAGGAAGAAAGGAGAUGGCGACAAGAUUGACUCAUUUGAUGUCAUCUGUUGGCUCAUAGAACAAACUUGCAGUGGUAUCGAGCAACUUCAACCACUGUUCUUCUCUCAGGGUAAUGACUUUUGCCGCCGAACUCAAGCCGUCCUCGACAAUCCUAAAUUCUUGACCGACGAAGAUGAUCGCGAGUCCUGUCUGCAGUCCUUGCGCCAAGUGGAACAGCAGACCCUUGAGCAGUUAUAUGGACCUAACACAAAGGCCAAGAGCGUCACAACUUCUGAUAAUCAAUCUUCAACUAUCGCGGCUUUCGCGAAGGAGCUGAAGCAAAGACGCAAAGGCUUCAAAGAUACUGGUAAUGCAGUCCAUGGUUCCGCUUUGCAGGAGGUCGAGCAAGAGCGAGAAGUUGCGUAUGAAGUUGAAGCUGUGCGUGAAGUUCAGAAGCCUGUUCACUACAAUCCAUACGGGUUUCCUGGUCUUCAUCGCGAUAUCAUCAGUUUCGCCACGACAGGUCGAAUGGCAGCUGAUUCAGCAGCUUAUAUGCCAGCUUUCGCCUCUAUCAAGAUGUUCGCACUUGGCAAGAAGCAUCCCAUCAAUCUUGACGCCACCUCGAACAGAUUGUACAUUACCAAGGAGUUCACGAGAACUGUCAAUGUCCCUACAGCUCGGAUCUACGAUCAAUUUCAGAGACCCGUUAACUGGAUUCUUUGGAGUCCCGUUUCUGAAAUUGCCAUGAUUGUCAUUCCAGAGGAAGCUGAACUUCUCCUUCGCAUCGUGAAGGAUUCCCCUUCCAGGGCCACAUAUCUUCUCACCUAUGCUGCUCCGAUCACUCGAAAGAUGCUUCAUUUCAAUGAUUUGAAAUAUUACACGGUACCUGCCUUACCUGCUGAUUGGGAGGCUCCAAUGUGGCUACGCAUUGAGCUUGGCAUAUUUGCUGGACGACUGUACUUCGAUUAUCAGGAGUACACCCAUGUGUUGAAUUUCCUCGGCGUCAAGGACGAAAGUGGCAAGCUUGAGGAGGCGGAGGUCGAUGACAUUGGCGACGAAACCGAUGUAGGCGACGAUGACGACCUAGGUGACGAAGACGAAGUCCACAGCAAUGUCUCGACUAAGGAGCUUCCCAUUGUUGCCCCCGUUGAACGAAAGAUUAUCACCCGAAGACCUCUGGCGUUCAUGGCUGAAUGGCUGAGCGUUCGACGCAAGGGCCAAGAUAUCUCAGAAACCCCGAUGGGAUUCAUCUGCGCCGGAAAGCAACUUCUUGAAAGUCAUCCAUUCUUUCUCCGCGCCGAUUACGAGCACACCAGAAGGGGAGUCUCAACUGUCAAGAUUGGGUCUGGCAAUGUUGAGGAUGAAGACGAGGAAGAGGAGAAAGAGAUGUGUGUUGAUAACGUCUAUGAGAAUGUGUAUAGAGAGGAGGACACGUUUGAUGACGCUGAGUUGCAGGAAGUGGAGGUGAAGAAGGAUGAGGAGCAGAAGUAG